AGAUGCUAUAUGGAUCAUUUUAUUGGCUAUGGACUAUCUGAAACAAAAUAAAAGCAUAAAAUAUAAAAUAUGAAUACCGGCCUUUAGUAGUCUUUCCUCACUCUGGAGCUCUGGACUAGUGGCAGUAGUGGCACUGGUUAGCACAUGUUUUAAAGAAGGGAGUGAUAUAGGUUAGCGAUUGCACUUGUGUAACUUCUUUCAACGUGUAUAUUAUUAAAUAUUAAAGAAAAUGAGUAAGAGAAAGGUCUCAAAGAGGAAACUGGUUAAUUUGACAUCUGAAAAAGAGGAAAUAGAAAGAAAAACUGAGAAAGAUAUACAUUUAUCUGAUGAGGAUUCUGCUAUUGAGGAUUUAUUAGUAGCUCAGUUCAACAAUGAAGAUAGUACAGACGAAGAGAUAGAAAAAGACAUAGACAUACCUGAGUCAGAUACAGAAAGGGAUUCCGUUGUUUUUCAAUCUGAUGAUAGUGAACUUGAAUUUGAAUCCGAUUAUGAAUCCAUCAGCAAUGGAGAUUCAGAGAGCGUUCAUUCAAGCAGCGAUAGCUCUCCUGAAGAAACAACAGAUAAUUUACAAAGUAAAUUAGAAGAAAAUAAGAGUAAAUCAAAGAUUAAGAAUAAUAAUAAAGAGCUUUUGACAAGCAAGGAAAAAAGGAAAACAGAAAAGGAAGUAGCAAUGAAUAAGUCAAAGAAUGAUAAGAGUUCCAUGAGUGCAGAAGCGUCUAAAGAUGACACAACAAAACGCAACAAAGUACAGACCAAGAAUACAUCCAGCGAUACGAAUAACGAAGAUGAAUACAAAUAUGAUAGUUCUGACGAAGAAGACACUCGCAACACAGUUGGAAAAAUACCAAUGAAGUGGUACGAUGAAUAUGACCAUAUUGGUUAUAACUGGGAAGGUGAUAAAAUUUUGAAACCUAAGAAAGGUGAUGAAUUGGAUAACUUUUUGAAAAGAAUGGAAGAUCCCGAUUUCUGGAGAACUAUAAAAGACUCGCAAACUGGUCAGGAUGUUGUACUGAGCAACGAAGAUAUCGAUUUAAUUGUGAGAAUCCAAAAGCAAAAAGUACCUGAUGUUCAAUUUGAUGAGUAUGCGCCAUGGGUGGACUGGUUCACUUCUGAAGUAAUGAAAACACCGCUUCGUAAAUUUCCGGAACAUAAACGUUCCUUCCUGCCAUCUAAAAUGGAAGCUAGAAAAGUGUCGAAAUUAGUACACGCACUCAAGAUGGGUUGGAUAAAAUCGACUGCUAAAAUGCAAAAGGAAAGAGAGAAGACUGAAGGGCCACAAUUUUAUAUGUUGUGGCAAUCCGACGAUCAGGCAGAGGAAAUGCGUAGAAUCCAUAAACAUAUCCCAGCGCCGAAACGACAUUUACCUGGCCAUGCAGAGAGCUAUAAUCCUCCGCCAGAAUAUUUAUUCGACAAGAAGGAACUUAAAGAAUGGAAUAAAUUGAAAGUAACACCUUGGAAGAGGAAGUUACAUUUUAUACCAGAGAAAUAUAAUUCUCUUCGAGAAGUACCCGCAUAUGCCAAGUAUAUCAAGGAAAGAUUUCAAAGAUGUUUGGAUCUGUAUCUGUGUCCUAGGGCAUUAAAAAUGAAACUAACGAUAGAGCCUGAGGCCUUGGUUCCACAAUUGCCCAGUCCGAAAGAUCUGCAACCAUUCCCAACAACAUUGUACAUGAUGUUUAAAGGACAUACAGAUAUGGUCAGAAGUAUCAGCGUACACCCACAAGGACAAUUUCUUGCAUCUGGUGGAGAUGACAUGUCACUGAAAAUAUGGGAGAUAAAUACAGGCAGAUGCUUGAAGACAAUAACUUGCGGUGGUAUUGUUAAAAAUGUUGCCUGGUGUCCAAAUGAAGCUGUAUCACUGAUAGCUGUCGCUGCCGACAAGAAGGUUCUCUUAAUAAAUCCAGGAGUUGAAAACGAGGUUGUUAUUAGCAAAACCGAUGAGCUUUUGAAAAUAAUACCAGAAAGUGAUAAAACAGUGGAUAGUAGAGUGUUACAUGCAGUACAGUGGCAGCAAGCGGAAGGGGAACAUUGGUCUAACGGAAUCAGGAUAAUUUUAAAUCAUUUUCAAGCUGUAAAACAAGUAACGUGGCACGGAAAAGGAGAUUAUUUUGCUACUGUAAUGCCAGACGGACAAAAUAGAUCAGUUCUGAUAAAUAAGUUGUCGGGACGAAAAUCUCAGUUGCCUUUUAACAAGUCAAAGGGAUCGAUACAAUGCGUCUUGUUCCAUCCAAUUAAACCAUAUUUAAUUGUUGCAACACAAAGAAUCAUAAGGAUAUACGAUGUAACAAAGCAGGAAAUGAUCAAGAAAUUAUUAUGCAAUUCGCAAUGGAUAUCGACAAUGGCUAUUCAUCCCAGGGGCGAUAAUAUUUUGGUAGCAACGUACGAUCGCAAGGUGCACUGGUUUGAUCUGGAUUUAAGUAGUAAACCCUACCAAACAUUACGAUUACACGGAACUGGUGUACGCGCUGUAGCGUUUCAUAAACGAUAUCCGCUAUUUGCUUCCGGAGCUGACGACAGAAGCCUCAUUGUGUCUCAUGGAAUGGUCUACAACGAUCUUUUACAAAAUGCCCUAAUUGUGCCCCUGAAAAGAUUGUGUAAUCAUGAAUCGUAUAACGAUUUUGGCAUUUUGGACGUCACAUUUCAUCCUACUGAACCAUGGGUAUUUUCUGCAGGCGCGGACUCUACUAUACUCAUGUAUGGAUAAUGCGUUUAUUAAAAAAAAAAGUUAUUAUUUCACGAUAUUUUAUGUGAAGUUUUUAUUACUUUGGAUAUUACUUAAAAUAUAGUUGUCAAAUCUUUUGCGA